GCCUUCUUCCUUGGAGCGAAUCGGCGAGAACGAUUGCUCCCAAGUCGGGGAUGGCUCCCAACAGUUCUAGCAGCACAGAUCUCAGGAACCACCAUUUGCACGGUGGGCCUCAUAGUAACAGAGCAACGCCUGUCGUGGCCGCGGGCCGACGAGCUGGUACAACUUCCGGCAAUGCUUCCGUUGAGACAGACUGUUCUGCUGGUUGCACCUACAAAGACUGCCGUUCCAAGUACCUUAAUAGGUGUCCUGCCUUGUACUACUUGGAUUGCAACUGUGAUAAAAAUGAUUGCUGGUGCUACUACGGUAAUUAUUAGAGCCGUUUUCCCUGCUUCCUAAGUAAUAGAUAACGCCAGUAACAGCAAGCUUGUGGGGGAAGCUAGGGUUUAUCAGCUUUUUAAUUAUAAUAAUGCCCCUCUUAUCAAAUCAAAGUGGUUCUAAUAUAAACAUGUGUUGUACUCUUUGCUGUACUCACUUUUAAAGACCUUACUUUAUUGUUGUUAUUUUUAGGCUAAAUUACAC